GACUCCACACAAACUGAGAAAACACCGGAAAUCCCUCUGAACCUCUGUUAUAGUUCAUGCUCUAAACAGAAAGAAGUCCAAAGAAGAAAUAAGUGUGGGAUACUUUGGGUUUAAAAUGAGCUCUCCUUUGUCGAUGCUAAAGAAAACCAAACGCACUCCUCUGCAGGGCGCUCACAAAGAGCAAGGGAGCAAAUCAAAAGUUCCUUUCAGGAGGAAUCUGCUGAAAGAAUUUGAGGCUGAAUUGGCCGAUCAGUCUUCUGAUUACUCUCACACUCCAACCAACGAAGCCUCCACCUCAAAUACGGGAGCCCCAUUAAAGAAAGGGUGUCCUCCGACCAACUUUGACCUCAUGUCUGCCAUGAUGCAGCGAGUGACCCUCCUGGAGAAAACAGUGAGGAGCCAGGCAAAGGAGAUAGAGCGCAAAGAUAAACAGAUUUCAGAUUUAGAGGAGAAGCUGAGGGUUCAGGAGAAGUCAGGAAGCACGCAUGACCCGAGGAGCAGAGAUGAUCUCGAAAGCCGGUGCCAACAACUGCAAAAUCAAGUGCAUGAGAUGGAGGACUUUCUGAACGAUUAUGGUUUGAUCUGGGUGGGAGAUACAGACUCUGGUGAUCCUGCAGAGCGAGGUAGAUCCACCAGUCCUGCAGACCUGCAAUCCCGCCAGACUUCUGGUGGCAGAGGCUUCCACAUAAACUUUGAUCUCGUGCUGCAGAGGAUCAGAGAACUGAACGUCCUCCUAGGGGAAGGAGAGUCUUUUGUGCAAAUGACAGCGACAGGAGCACAGCUGGCAAAAAAGGAUCCCAUUCCACUGAGGCUCUACAGGAAUGGCAUCGUAAUGUUUGAUGGUCCUUUCCGCUCAUAUCAGGAGCACAGCACCCAGCAGUGCAUGCAAGAUCUAAUGGAUGGCUAUUUUCCAUCUGAGCUUCAAGAAAGAUUUCCGGAUGGUGUACCUUUUGAGCUUCAUGACAGGCGAUACGAGGAAUUCAACUCUAGGCUCCCGUGGGAAACGUUUCCUGGUGAAGGACAGGCUGUUUGUGGGGACAAAGAUGAAUCAGCAAGCUCGCUGAGUUCUCACUUACCCGGCAAGAAGCUGACCACAGAUCAGUUCCUGAACAAGUUGCCGAAGUCGGUGGUGAAGGCCGGCCGAGUGAUUGAUAUCAGGAACUCGCUGAGGGCAAAGCUGCAGGGUACAUCUGAUGUGGACAGCAGCAGUUCGGUGACACUGAUAGAUACACCGUCACUGCAAGCGAGUACUGAGAGACUGCAGGCUUUCAGCGCCUACCAGCCUGCCUGUAACGUCAUCACUCUCAAGGUGAAGUCAGAAGACGGGAGUCACACUUACAUGGUGAAAAUGUCCCCGUCGGAAACAGUCGGUGACCUGCGGAGGUACCUGGACGAACACAGAAGGGGCGGCGUACCCAGUUAUGACAUCAUCAGCACACACCCACACUGCAACUAUGAUGAUGACGGUCAGACGCUCCAGUCGCGUGGAAUCGUGACAAACGCCACUCUACUGCUGCGACAGAGGAAGCCCGAUCCUUCACUGGCCGACGUCAACAAAGAUGUUAAAGAUUAAAGAAUUACUUUUAUCUUGUUACAUCAGUGCUGUUCACAGCAGAGCGGAGCGUGAGCAGAAGUAAAGGUGUUACUAAUGUUAUUAAUGACGACUGUGUUCUGUGACGGUGAGGCCAAAAGCAUUCACAAACCCAUGACACUGAAAUAAAAUCCCAAUGAGCCAUUAUUCCUUUUGUUUCUUAUACCUUU